GGCAAGUGAGAGGGGCGACAAUGAAGGCAUUAGGUUUCCAGAUGAUAAUAUACUGAUUCAGGGGCCACGAAGAGUUAAAGAGACACCAUCACCAAAGAACAGGAGUUUGCCUUCCUGAACCAUUCUGCCGAUUAUAAAAGUCCCAAGGACACUCCAGCAGUGUAAGCCCCUCUCUCACAGGGUUUCUAUCACGCCCCAUCCCACAUCACUGCCAGCCUUACCUCACACCGAUCGCAAAAUACUUCACAAGCCUCCUUCCAGAAGGACUUUGAAAUUUGGAAGGACAUUUUGCCAGUGUCUGACUACAUGCAAGAGGGCACCGCUUUUCAAUUUUUGACUGGCCAUCAUGAAGCUGUGCUCCACACUGUGUCUGAUCAGGUUACUCUGCGCCCUGCAUGGAACAAGUGCUUUUGUAUCUUCAGUGAAUGUCUCCAGCGUGUUCCUUUCGUCAAGCUUCAGCGAUAAAGCGACGUCCGGGAGAAAAGACCUGGGACCCGGGGAUGUCCCGAAAGCCAGGCGGAGACGAUACAUCUCCCCGACUGAUAAAUCGGUUAUUCUCGAUUACCACAAUAAGGUUCGAAGUCAAGUCAACCCACCGGCUGCGAAUAUGGAGUAUAUGGUUUGGGAUGACAAUCUGGCAAAGUCUGCUGAAUCAUGGGCUGCUACAUGCAUCUGGGACCAUGGACCAUCGUAUCUACUGAGAUUUCUGGGACAAAAUUUAUCAGUUCGCUCUGGACGCUAUCGAAAUAUUCUACAACUGGUAAAACCUUGGUACGAUGAAGUGAAGAGCUAUAGUUUUCCGUAUCCUCGUGACUGUAAUCCUAGGUGUCCCCUGAAAUGUUACGGACCAGUAUGCACGCACUACACCCAGAUGGUUUGGGCAGCAUCCAAUCGAAUAGGCUGUGCAAUCCAUACAUGCCACAAUAUGCAUGUCUGGGGGUCAACCUGGCGACGUGCUAUAUACCUCGUUUGCAACUAUUCUCCAAAGGGAAAUUGGAUUGGGGAAGCUCCAUACAAGGUUGGAGUGCCAUGCUCAGCCUGUCCACCCAGUUAUGGAGGAGCCUGCAGCAACAAUCAGUGUUUCCCACGAGUAACCUCAAACUACCUAUACUGGUUCAAAUGAUCCGUUAGGUUUAUGGAAUAUGCUAGUAGCACCACAUUAGGAUUCCUCUACAGAGUACUAGUCAGCUGAAGGAACUUUGCAGAACAUAUUUUAAUUAAUAUACCCAUUACUAUCACUGAAAGUUUUGUCUUAAUGGUAUCAUCUUACAAAACACUUAACAUUAUCAUUGUACUGCUUUUAACUUUCACCAAGUUAGCUCUUGUAGAAAUGCAAAAAUGUAUUAUAUCAACACAAGGCACUGUAUUUAUGGAGAAAAAAAACAGCAUGAUACUGCAGAAUAUUGCUACCUUUUUAUUUACAGGUGAGAUUAGAAAGCAGUUUGCCACAAGAUUUGUGCUUGGAUAUGGUUUAAUGUUCCUGAGUUGGAAAAAUUGUUCAUUGAUUAUCCUAAUGGGUAUGUGUAGAUUUGCACCUUGGUUACUGUUAAAACAUGAGGGUCAGUUAGAUAAGCUAAAGAAUGUGCUCGUAGAAAGCAGUAUUUACAUCAAUUCAUAAUUUAAUCAUCUCUGCCCUGAGUAAUUGAGGCAGUCUAUCUAUUAAAGCUUCUCAUGGUGCUAAGAAGUUUAUUUAAGAAACCUGCAAUUUCAGAGGGUGCACAGUUCUGUGUCAGGCAUUACUUAAAAGUACUUAUCUAAGGUAUUAAAGUAUGGAAAAAAAUAAGGGUGCUUCACAUCACUAUGAUCAACAUUUUGAUCAUUUACCAAUUUUCCUGUAACAAUGGGAAAUUAUAAACUGUAGCUCUUGGCAGCUCAAACACAUCAACACAUCUGUAGGUUCAGGUAGCACAUGAGCUGGCCUCUUGUGCAAAUUAACAAUCUAUUACAUUUCUACAAAACGUAGGAAGGAUCAUACUCAUUGUCUCUAGCUGCAUGGAUUAUUACUUUUCUGCUUUGAACUCCCAGAUCAUUAAUGUUACUGGAUCUUUAUUGCUUAUUCCAUUGAUAAUACUUCUCCAGUUUUGACUUAAUGCCUUUUCCCGACAACAAGUUUUGAAGCAAUGAAAGCAUUUGUUUAGCAUCUUUGAUUUUCCCUAGGCACUUUUGUCUUAAAAUCCCAUUCGUGAUUAAUACAUUCAGAGAAACUGAUUAGAAACAACAACUGCUUGAGCAGGUUAAUCGCACAAUCAUAUGUGUAUGCAGUUCACAACCACCAACUCAAGGGCGUCUCAAAAGGAUGGGCAAUAAAUACCAAGACAGUAGCACUCACAUCUGAUGAGUGAAUAAGAAAUAAUGUUUGAAGUUUGAUGCAAGUUGCAUUUACUUGGAGUUUUGACUUCUUUGCUUGCAUUUUCUCGGUGCAAUUCACUCAAAAUCGGUACAUCCAGUGCAUCAGAUUGUAGAAUUUUAAGCAAAUUAUGUUCAGUGGAAAUUAUGUUUCUGCCGACUUUCAUGCUGAUUUCAAAACGUUCUGCCAGUAACCAACCUUUACUAUAAAACUGUACAACACCUCCUCUAGACCAAAUUUAUUACCAUUGUGACUUUCCAAUAAUGGACAUUCAAAAAGGCUGAAGAAGCAAAGUUAUUAAGAAUGCCAUAUUUCAAAAGACUUUUUUCCUCAUUAAUGAACAAACUAUAAUAUGACAACAUAUCCAGAAAUAGUCAGCUUUUUGAAAAAAAGAUUCUUUGGUUAUGUAAAAUCAGCUCAAUAUAGGUUUUAGACUAGACAUAGGUUAAUUAAAAAGAAACAGUAUUUUAAUCAAAGUUCAGAUGUAUUAAUAAAACUAGUGUGCUACAUUUGUGAUUAAUUGGCACCAGAAGGAGAUGCCAAUUAACACAUGGAAUUGUUCUCCAUUGAAUAUUAAUGUUUUCUGGGGGCAAGGAGAUUUUAGCAGACAAAAUUGAAGAAAAGAAUAAUCAAAAACUGCAUGGUAACAGAAAUGACUUUGUUCCACAUUUUCUUUCAUUUCAUAAAUCAAGUGCAGAGGGUCCAGAGACUAAGCCAAUGCACUGAAGAUACACUAACUGAGGAACUUCAGUACGGAACAGGCACAGGUACAGAUGUGAUCAUUGCACUGUCCUGUGGUCUAUUGACAAUUUAUAACAGAAACAUUCAGUAACAAAAUCCAUUAACAAGCAUUUGAUUCUGAUGGACAAGGAAUAAAGCAUUUCCCCGUCUAAAAAAUGAAGAAAGUAGCCACAGCCUCAGGUGUUCCUUCAAUAGAGCCAUUUCAUAGUUACAUAGUACAGAUCGGUACAUAUUCUACAGAUUGAUACGUUUUGGAUACUGAAAUUAACUUUUUAAACAAUUGCUAGUACCAAUUAGUACCUUGCAUCAUCAAAUAGAAUAACUGAAACCAGGCAGAGUAUGUGCCUGUACAAACACCAUUUAAGAGUAAUUAUUUUGCCAGUUUUAUAUCUUAAGAUUACACUUGAUAAAAAAUAAUUAUUUUGUGAACCAUUAAAAUCAUUUAGGGACAGCAGAAGAAAAUGAGUUUGUUUACUUGAAAGAACAAGGCCAUACGUCAGACAAUACUAGGUUAUAAUUCAAUAGGUUUAUUUGAAAUCACAAGCUUUCUGAUCGUUGCUCCUCUGUCAAGUGACAAAGGGACAGAGCUUCAAAAGCUUGUGAUCUCAAAUAAACCUGUUGGACUAUAACCUGGUGUCAUCUGAUUUCUGACCUUGUCCACCCCAGUCCAACAUCGGUACCUCCACCUACUUGAAAAAACCUUCAUCUCUUUGAUCUGGCUACUUCACACCUCGGAUUUUGCUUUUGGUUGAUAUAGUUCAAUGUAUUUUUGUUGGCAGUCACAGACUGAACAAUUAAUGUUUAUAGGUUUCAUUCAUUACACUUCACAGAUACGAUAGUGGGAUUUACAAUAGGUGUGGUGGGGGGGGAAUGGGAUUUAAGCUUUCAUUCAGCUCACUAUCAAAGGUAUAUAGAAUGUAACAGCAAACUUAGGCUCCUGCCCACAUUCUGCAAGAUCCAAGGAUAACUGCCUGAAGUUAAAAGUUUAUUUUGUAGAAAUGCAGAUGGGGUUCUGAUGAUAUAAUAUUAAUCCAAAACUGGAUAGUAGAGUCAGACCUGGGAGGUGGGCCAGCAAUGGACCAAUACUGUAGGCUUUUUAAGCAUUUUCUUUCCAUUUUUGUGUGGGUUGUGAAAAGCAAAUUGACUCCUCCAGAUUGCAUAAGUGCCUUUGGGUCUCCUUUACUCUGUGUUCCUUUUCCCCAGGAUCAUUUCUGGCUCCUGGGUCUUCAUUUGAAGCUGCUCUGUUUUCACAUUUAAAUGGAUAUGUCAUUGAAAACAUAUUGAAGUAAAAUUCUGUUUUUUAAAUACAAAAUUAAAAACAGAUACAAAAUAGUCAGUAUUUUGAGCUACACAAAACUUAAAUUAGUCUUUCAAUUACAUUGUAUGAUAUGUUAGCCCUUAACACAUUUGUCUACAAUUCCUUUUCCACGUUUUAUCUAUUCUAGACAUGAUAAAUUUGCUAUUAAAAUAAGAAAAUAAUAUCAGUGUUGAAUAAUACGGGUGAUUCAAAGUCAUUGCAACUUUUUAUGAUAGACAAAAAAUUUGUAAGGUAAAAAACUGACAGCCAGUCAGAUACCUGCAUUCACAUUCUCAUCUAAGUUAAAAUUACCCUUGUACCUGUUAUCCCAAAAUAAUAAUCAUUAAUGAACUAACAAAGUUGAGUCCCGUCCAAAACAAAGUAAACUAUUUGGAAACCUGGUUUACAUUCUUAAACAGUAAGAUAUAUAUUUGUUAAUCCUGUUUCAUUUUAUAUUGCAUUGAAACUGAUUUAUUGUAUUUGUAUUUAAAAUACUUUUGAAAGAUUUGUACUUAAACUGCAACACCAUAUAUAAAUCAUCCAUCUUGAAAUUCACAUACUGACAUUGAUGGAAACGCUGACUGUUUGUAUAUUAAAAUCU